UUCGUACCUACGGGCUAACAAGUUUUUCUUGAGAGAAAAUAAUAUUUUUGCAUUGUAAUAUUUAGAAAACUGUAAAUAUGUUUUUUCCAGCGGAGUCGUUACGUAGAGGAGGUAGAUUUUAUUUGUGCUGGGUAGCAGAUUCAUGGCCAUUGCGAUUUGCAACACUAACACACAGGCAACUAUGGUCCCAAGAUAUUCGGCGUAUUUGUGAAGACUUAUUGGAAGUCAUAAAAAAUGAGUCUGGACGACCGACAAACAGAUUUUCCCUCCGUCUGAGUUCUCAAUUGCUGAGAGGAGUUGUGCGCCUUUACCAAAGAAAAGUUUCUGUGUUUAUGGGAGAAUUAUGCAUGAUUGAUGCUCGUGUUAUGAAAGUAACAAAUAAAAAAUGGGCGAGUGAGGAUGAUGAACCAGCAACUGUACAAAGAAGACCCCAACUUGCUCCACUGGUCAUUGAAGAGGUACCAGAUGAAGAAAGAGUUGCAGAAAGGAUAGAGAAUAGUGGCAAUGUGGUGGCAAAUAUUGAGGACAUAACAUUGAGAGAACCAACAUUACCUCAAAAUCAGAUACUUUUAGAUGACGGUUUUGGAGAGAUGCAAGUGCAGGAGCAAGUAAUGGAGGUGAUGCGAGCGGGGGACCACAGGGAACAGCUCAGUGCUCUGUCAAUAUCUGUAAAUGAGACCGCUCGCUCCAGGCUCGAGGUGUCUACGUUUAGACCCGUUAUGGAGGGAGUGUCUGAACAUGAUAUAUCAGCGUUCAAGAAGUCAAUGGGAGAGUCACAAUUACCAGCUGCAGAUUUUGAGAAAGAAAUUCCUGACAUGCCUGAAAUCCAUCCCGACUUACCAGCUCCUGUGAUAGAUAAUGGUAAGGGCCCAGACAUAGAAAUAGCCCAGCCACAGGAACAAGCUCAGAAAGAAGGUUCAAGUGAAAGGAGAAGAGAGGAAGAAGAAUUUGUACUAGAAGAAUUGCAAGACGUCGCCGGCCUCGCUCCGAAAAGACGCCGCAAGAACAAACUGAUUGUGGACAAAACCAUCAAGCUGCCCUCACAGUUCAUGGCCUCGAGAAUAGAAAAUAUCAACGUUGAACUACGUUGUGAGAGCAGCUCAGCGGACGUAAUAAGCAAGCUAGUACCGGCGGCGAUACUGCUAGGGCGGCCGGCGCACGCGGGACACAAGCUGCACUCUACACUCGGCUACGCAAUCACGAGAGCGUUCAUCAGACGCUGCGACGCCCCUGACCAUUUAGCCGACGAUAGAGAAAUGGAGAAAGCUCUAACUGCUCGACAAAGGCGUGCGUCUAUACGAGCCUCUCAGAAACAAGCCAGAGAACCUGUCGAGGUAAUGCCGGAUUUGCGACCGGUACAACAGGAGCUACUUCCGGAAGUUAGCAAUAUACCCAUGGACGUUAGCAAUGUACCCGCCAACGUUAGCAUUAUGCCCGACGUGGAUAUUUCAUUCCUACCCACGCAGAUAGUGGUUACGUCGCCACAAAAACGACCUAGCCAACUUGAAAAGUCGCCUAAAAGAAAGCGUCACAGUGGCUAUAUUACAUUCCGGCUUAGUAAACAACUUGAAGAAAUCGCACGAGAGGCCAACGAUAAAGAAAAUGUGCCUCAAAAUUAUCCGGCCCCAGUUGAUAUUAUCAUGGGUGCCAACGGCAAAGAAAAUGUGUCUCAAAACCAUCAAGUCAUGGAAAUUGUAAGAGAUGCCCACGAUAAAGAAAAUUUUCCUGAAAAUUAUCAAGCAGUAGUAGAUAACAUGGGCUUAAAUAAAGAGAAUGUGCCAGACAAUCAGCAAAAUGCGAACCAACUCACACAAAUGUUAUACGCGGAGGGCCUCGCUGAUGACAAAAGAACUGCGGAGGGAGAAAGGCGCAGACUAAGCGAAAGCUCAGAAACGCCUUUAGGAAGUUUAGAUAGAACCAAAGUAUCCCUCGGUGACUCUGAGAAAACUACCGACUCGAAAAGAUUUAUACGCGACGAGUGGGGCACACAGGGGACGAUGCACAAGAUUUACGCGGCGGUGAAGGCGCGUCGCGCGCACUUGUCUGACGCCGCGGUCCGCGUGGAGUCGCUCGUCGCGAGCGGCCCUGUGCUCGCCGGACAUCAACGUGUUAUCGCCGCUCGCUGCUUCACCUCCAUACUCAAACUCAAACAGCAUGGAUUUAUAAGAGUUCAUAAAGACCCAGAAACAAAUGAAAUACUCGAUAUAGAGCUUGGUAGCAAAAUUAUUGAACGCAAGUAACAAAACAGUUUUAGUCAUUAACAAUAAUUAGUCGUUAUGAUGUACUGUUUAGUUUAUAAUUAAUUUGUUUUGUUUUUUU